AUGAAACGACAAGAAAGGCAAAGCCCAGAGACGGAAACGGCAGAGGGUUCAAAGAAGACGACAAAGAAUGCGUCUGGAGCACCAAAUGCAGAGUUCGAAGAAAUGACGGACAUGCUGAUGAAGCUGGAAAAGAGCAUCGAACGGCGGAAGAAAGAGGUAGCAGAUGCUGCAAAGAAGAAGGAAGAAGAAGAACAACAGAAGAGAGAGACGGAGACGAUCGUAACAAUGGUGCAAGUGCCAGAAAACACCUUAAAGGUGAUGGAGAAGAUCGAGAAGCUGAACGACGACGGCUGGAGACAAUUGAAGAGGUUUUUGGCCACAGAGGAAACAUCAGACGGAGCAAAGGCAGAGGGAACAAAACAAAGAAGAGCAUGCAAUCAAGAUGACGCACAGGAGACGGCGAACAUGCCCAAAAGGAUGCAGAGGGCAAUAGAAAACCGAAAGAAAGAAGCGUUUGAGAUGAUUACAAGAAUCGACACUGAAGUGGUAAAACAUGCACUAAGGAAUGUUGGUGAACGAUUUUUGGUUGACAAUAAGGAAGGUACAGAGAAAGUACAAACGUUCGAAAUCGGAAAGACGCGCAUCCAUACUGGGAAGUUUGAGGACCUGAUGAACCUGUGGGAGAAACAGACAACAGGCGACGGACGGGAGAAAGAAGAAGACAGUGAUGAAGAGGAGAAGAUGGAUGCAGAAGGAUCAGGUGAACCAAACGGAGCAGAAGAACGUCAAAUGAACGUGGAGGUGAUGGACACCCAUGAAGAGAAGAAGGACGAAAACGUACGGCGUCCACUG